UCUUCAAAACUCGGUUAAAGAGUGAUGGAAUCAUGUGCGGUUUUGAAUUAGUGUGGCUUUUAAUUUCAAAGUACUUUGCCAAUUUUGAAAGUGUCCUUAUCGUUUACAAUUCCUCAUCGCCAAGUAAAAUAAUUCAAGGAUAUGUGAAUGCAACGCAAUCAUCUUUUCAAGAUCUCACUCAACAAGGACUCAUCAUUGGGCUACACUGGAUAGAUGUUGCCGGAUUGACGAAUCAGUCGAACUUCAAUGAAUUGAUGUUGCAGCAAGUGGACUUGGGAAUACAGGGCUACAUCAGUAUCCUGCCGAGUGUGGUUGAGUUUUUGCAGGCUCGUUCGUAUGCCACAGAGCACUCGGUGCUACGCCUGAAGGACAAAUUCUAUCUGUUUUUAUCAGAGGACGAUGCGAGCCCAAAAGAUGUCCUUGCUCAGGAGAUUUUGAAGCUUUAUCCCCACCACCUAUUAGUAUCGGCAAGGAAAUGUCCCGAUUUACUUGAACUAUGGACACAAAAGUAUGUUGGCAUUGAGGACAAUUUCGAUGCAGUCUAUUUGGAUACAUACUUUGUUGAAAAUAGAAGUUUUGCCAGAAAUGUAGACUUGUAUCCAAAUAAAUUGGUCAAUAUGCUGGGCCGGACGAUGGCAGUGGCUUCUGUAACUUACUUUCCGUAUGUGAUAAGUUACUUUGGACCUGAAAAUUACGGUGAUGUUGACUGCAUUGAUCCAUCUCUGCCAAAUAGAAGUAUCAUCUAUAGAGGAUCUGAAGCAAAUAUUGUGUUAACAUUCUGUGAGCUUCGAAAUUGCACCGUGAAAGUUAUGCCAUUUGGAAAAGAUAACUGGGGAGGAAUUUACGAUAAUGGUUCAUCGAAUGGUAUGAUUGGCUACGUUUAUCGCAAAGAAGCAGAACUUGGUAUUGGCUGCUACUACAAUUGGUAUGAUGAGAUUUUUGAGACCUCAAUUGCUGUUGCUAGAUCAGCUGUAACUAUUUUGGGACCAGCACCCUCCCUCUAUCCACCUUAUAUGACAAAUAUUUUACCAUUCGGGAAGCUAAUUUGGUCUCUAAUAAUACUGUCGAUUAUUGUCAGUUCCGUGGUGAUGCAUGUAAUCAAGGUCUUUUCAUUCAAAAUGGAACACAAAGAUUCCCAAAUCCAGCCUGAAUUCAAACAUGUUUCUUCAUAUGUUUUAACUCUAUUCCAAAUGGUUGCGAUAUUUUUUCAACAAUCAUUUUCUCAAUCCAAAUUGGAUCGUUUUGCAGCUCGAUUCUUUUUGAGUACUUUACUCUUGGCCGGAAUCACUUUGGAGAAUACUUACAGUGGCCAAUUGAAAUCUUUGCUGACUAUUCCACUUUUCACCGAUCCUGUUGAUACAAUCAAAAAGUUCUCGGCUACCACUUGGAAAUGGGGUGCUCCAGCCCCAGCUUGGGUUAUGACCAUUUGGGAUUCUGAUAUUCCAUAUGAAUGGAUUAUGGCGAGGAAAUUCGAAAUUCGUAACUAUGGAGACUUGAAGAAUGCAACUUAUAAUGGAGAGUAUGGACUUGGAGUUGAAAGGUUGCAUGGAGGAGGUUUUACUUUUGGAGAUUAUAUUGUUGAAGGAGCUCUUUAUCAAAUGAUUCUGACCAAGAAUGAUCUUUUCUUUGAUUGGACUCGAGCGUUUGCUAUAAGAGGAUGGCCAUUUAUGGACGAUUUUAAUACUCAUAUUUUAUGGUGUUUCGAGCAUGGGCUUUAUAAGUAUUGGGAAGCGAAGUACACAAAUAUAUAUUUGGACAAAUUAACUCAAGAAAAACUACGAUUUUUGGAUGCUGGACAUACUCAAAAAUUUCCCCCAGCAACUCUAUCGAUAGCAAAUAUAUCAGGUCCAUUAAUUGCACUUAUUCUUGGCUAUAUUUUUGGAUUGUUGGUAUUUUUUUUGGAGAUUUUUAUAUCACAGAUACAAAAGAAUAUGAAGAAAUAAAGAUCGUUAUUGUGAGGUUUGUUAUCUAUACAAAAUAAAAUUAAAGUUG